CAUGGAGUCUAUUACUUUCGGAGUUCUAACAAUUAGUGACACCUGUUACCAUGAGCCGGCUAAGGAUCGUAGUGGUCGCCGUUUGAUGGCACUAAUUGGCGAAUCCUUUGACAACUCACAGGUGAUAGCUGCCGUAUUACCCGACGAGCGUGAUCUGAUACAGCGCGAACUGCGCAAAUGGAUUGAUCGGGAUGAUGUGCGCGUCAUAAUUACCACCGGAGGCACGGGCUUUGCUCCGCGUGACGUCACACCUGAGGCGACUAAACCACUGCUCGACAAGGACUGCAAUCAAUUGACCUUGGCUAUCGCCUUGACCUCUUUGAAAAAAACAAAAUUUGCUGCCUUAUCACGGGGUGUUUGUGGAAUAGCCGGCAACACGCUCGUGCUGAACUUUCCGGGCAGCGAGAAGGCCGUGGUUGAAUGCUUCGAGGCGGUACGCGAACUGCUGCCACACGCCCUCCAUUUGAUUGGCAACAAUGUGGAGCUCGUGGCGCGCACGCACGCCGAGGUACAGGGCACAGCUCAAAGUGAGGCUGCAGUGCCUUCGCUUGUAAAGCGUGAUCAUGUCUGUCCGCACAAGACGGGCGCUGGCGACGACGUCGAUCGCAAUUCGCCGUUUCCCAUGGUGCCCGUCCAUCAGGCACUGGACACAAUACUGACCGUGGUACAACGCAACAACGAGAGCAAUCAAGAGAUGGACCAGCUGCGCUCACCAGUCAAUAUACCUCCUUUUCGGGCGUCCAUCAAAGACGGCUAUGCAAUGAAAUCAACUGGCUUUUCGGGUACCAAGCGAGUCGUGGAUUGCAUUGCUGCCGGUGAUAAGGUCAAUGAGCAUCCGUUGCAGGAGGAUGAAUGCUUCAAGAUCAAUACGGGAGCGCCGGUGCCGACGCACGCGGACUGCGUUGUCCAGGUGGAGGACACUCGACUGUUGCAGCGCGACAAAUAUGGUGAAGAGAGUCUUGUUGACAUACUGGUCGAACCAAAAGCCGGUCUAGACAUACGUCCCAUUGGCCACGACAUGCGUAAGGGCGACAAAGUGUUUCCAGCUGCUGACUAUUCGCCCGUUGUCUACAAAUCUUUGCUGGCCUCCGUUGGCAUUAAGCAGCGGCAGCGCAAGCCCAAAGUGGGCAUCAUCUCAACCGGCAGCGAGCUGCUGGCACCCCACCAGCCGGCAGUGGCUGGCAAAAUUUAUGAUUCGAAUACGACAAUGCUGGAGGAGCUGUUGCUUUACUUUGGCUUUGAUUGCAGGCAGAAGUUGGUGCUGGGCGACGACUUGGCCGGCAUCAAGAUGUCUCUGUCCGCACUGAUUGAUACCGUGGACUUUGUCAUUUGCACCGGUGGCGUAUCUAUGGGCGACAAGGACUACAUCAAGCCAGUGCUGGAGGAGCUAAAUUUCAAAUUGCAUUUCGGGCGCGUCAACAUGAAGCCCGGCAAACCGAUGACCUUUGCCAGCAGAGGAAACAAAUACUUCUUCGGGCUGCCCGGGAAUCCGGUGUCCGCCUUUGUCACAUUCCAUCUGUUCGCCUUGCCCGCUAUCCGCUGGGCUGAUGGCUGGGAGCGUGCCAAAUGCCCCCUGCCCAUAAUCAAUAUCUCACUGCUCAAUGAUGCCAUCGAUUUGGAUAGCCGUCCUGAAUAUAUGCGCGCCUCGGUGACCAGCAUCAAUGGCAAGCUCCAUGCCAGCGUCAAUGGGGAUCAGAUCAGUAGCCGAUUGCAGAGCAUUGUUGGUGCGGAUGUGCUUAUUCACCUCCCAGGACGCACAGCUGAGAAGCCGCAGGCGCAUGCUGGAGAGAUCUACAGUGCCUCCGUGCUGCGUUACGAUUUCAUUUCCCGAUACGAAUAGAAGCCGUCGACGGCAGUCGUUGAAAGACAAUAAAACUCAAAUAAAUGUUUAC